GUGUCCAGCAAAUAAAAAACGAUUCUUUUACACAACAGAGAAGAAGCAUAGAGUGGGAGUGAGGGUAGAGUAGGAGGCGAAAGCAUAAACGAGGACGAUGCUAGAAAGGGCGCUCUCUUCUCGCAGGGCGCCGCCGUUCAGUGACGACGGAGACGACGACGGCGACCAAUCCAAAACACGGAAGCACAUUUCCGUACCGACGAAGAUCACAAAUUACUUGAUUCGAACCGGCCACCUCUGGCCAUGCCUUCUCAUAGGGCUCGUAAUCAUUGUGCUCACUUCUUUCGUUUAUCACACUCGUGAUUUAGUGUGUAUCUCAGCUUCCUCUUCCGAUCACAUUUCUCGUUUGCGAUUCUUCGGCUUUGAUGGCCUUGAAACCGACUUCGGAUCUCUCGGCGUUCCCUGGUGCAGAUCGAAACAUGGAAAAACUGUUGAAUGGACCACAAAGGAUUUAAUCAAAGGCUUGGAGGAGUUUGUGCCCAUAUAUGAGACACGACCUAUCAAGAAUAACAUGUAUGGGAUGGGUUUUGACCACAGCUUUGGGCUCUGGUUUAUGACUCGGUGGUUAAAACCAGAAUUAAUGAUUGAGAGUGGCGCAUUCAAGGGACACUCAACUUGGGUUUUGAGACAAGCAAUGCCAGAUACACCAAUCAUCUCACUUACACCCCGUCAUCCUGAGAAGUAUCUCAAGAAAGGACCUGCUUAUGUUGAUGGGAACUGCACAUACUUUGCUGGAAAAGAUUUUGUUGAUUUUGGAAGCGUUGAUUGGAGAAAAGUUAUGAAGAAACACGGAGUCAAGGAUCUUAGCCAGGUUCUUGUCUUUUUUGAUGACCAUCAAAAUGAAUUGAAAAGACUGAAGCAAGCACUUAAAGCUGGGUUCAGGCAUCUUGUGUUUGAGGACAAUUAUGAUACUGGUACUGGAGACCACUAUUCCUUCAGGCAGAUGUGUGAUCAGUUUUAUAUAAGAGCCGACAGGUCGCCGCCGCCCCCAUUGUCUCUCCGCCGAAAGGAUGAGGAGCUUGAAGCGGUAAAGAGGGUCGCAGCUGAGUGCGAGCGCCGGGGCGAGGCCAAGGCGGCGGAGGCCGCUGCAGCAUGGAGCGGGAAAGUGACCGCGUUGGAAGAGUUUUUGUUGCGCUUUUUGUUGAACGUCGGCGUUGGCGGCCCUAGUCGAAUUUGGAUCGACGACUUUAGUCGUGAUAGACUCGACGACCUUAGCCACAAAGUCAACUUCGACUGUCGUCGGGUCGUUAACUCGCCGCAGUCAAACCUAGGUCGACCGUUGGCGGCAAUGGCCUUAGGCAUAAUAUAG